UUCUCAACAGGUAUAUUACAAUGGAGAUGUUGUUCAGCAGGUGGAUUUAUCAACCCUAGGUGGAUCAGUUGGUAUUCUAGCGAGGCAUGUACCUAUGAUAGCUGCACUGAAACCUGGAGUAGUUACAGUGUUUCAAGAUAAUGAUUCUCAGAAAGUAUUUGUUUCCAGUGGAACAGUUACUGUUAACAAUGAUUCCACUGUGCAAAUUCUAGCAGAGGAAGCUUACCCAUUGGAUUCAUUUGAUUCAAAGGCUGUUGCAAGCAGCAUUUCAAAUGCCAACACUGCAUUGAGCUCGGCUAAAAAUGACGAGGAAAAGGCUGAGGCACAAAUCGCUCUUGAUUGUUUAGAAGAAAUCAGUAAAGCUAUGGCAUAGAACAACAAAACAUUAUAGAUUUUUAUUUUCUGAUGUGCUAGAACUGAACUUAUUUUGGUGAGAAAUCCCAUGACCAAAGAUAAUGUGAAAGAAAGAAUAUGAAAAAAUGCCUACAUUUUUGCAGGACUUGUUAUAGUGUAGAUUUAUCAUAAUUGCAGGGAUUCUAAUUGUUUUGAUGAAAUAUUCUAAGCUGGGAUUUCUCUGUGUUGAGGGUUGUUUUUUGUAACUUCACAAGGUUAUUGAUAAGAUGAAUAAAUUAUUCAAAAAAAAACA